AGUGGAUAUAGGAGAUCUUUAGUAGGGGCUACUUGCCAGUGUUAUUUUUCUUUUGUGGCAGGUGUUCAGGAGAGCUCAGGCAUGCUCAGCCAUUGGGUUGUGUUAUUCCUCUGCUGUUUGGGACAGCUUUGUGCAGAUCAGAGCAUGAAACCUCAGCUUGCAGCCCCCCAGCUUGCAAUAAACAAUCCCACUCUCACUACAGUUGCCUUAGAGAAACCUUUCUGUACGUUCGAUAGCUCACUACAUCCAAACAAAUCUUAUGCCAUCUACUUGUAUGUAAUGAAAAGUUCAGCAAGCACAAUAAGCUCUGUGGUAACUGACAGCAAAAACAAGCCACUCGACAGCACAUUCCAGCAAACACUUGGGGGAAAUCUUGGACCUUACAAGGCUGCUUCAUUCGAUGUACCCAACUGUGUGUCACCCCCCAAGCUUGCUGAUGCAGGUGACAUCAACAAAGUUUCCGAUGUCCUGAAACAAUACCUCUUCAGAGUUGGGGACGAUGGGACUUGUUUGUAUGACCCAAACUUCCUAGACGUCUGCAACCCACCUCUUGCACCAGACACAACAUACAGGUUUAAAUACGUGUUGGUUGAUAACAUUGAAGGUAUCGUGAAAGACCAAACUCUUUGGUCUGAUCCAAUCAAAACCAGAAAAGCUAAACUUCCCAUGAAAAUUGAUAUUUGGCCUGGUCGAAGGAGUGGAAGCAUGAUCGUCAUUACGUCAAUUCUAAGUGUGUCAGUGUUCCUUCUGCUUGCUGGCUUGCUCGCUUCUGUGUUUUCUGCUCUUGUGGAAUCAGAAGAUCCUUCUGCAGAGACAAAGGACACAUCUGGGACUACUCAACAGAGUGAACUGAGACCACAGCUGAGCUCUGAGUGAACAGUCAGGUUCAAGUGAAUUCUGGAAAUAAAGCUAAAAAUGUGCCAUGCUCUGCAGAACUGACUCUUCUACCAAGCACUGGCCCCCUGCUACAAUAUGCAACCAACUGGGCCUGUACAACACAAACAAAAAAAGGACUGUUUUUUAAGUCUUACAGUGGAUGAUAUCCUGUCUUGUCCUAAUAAAAUUUUACUUAGGUGAUUGCCUUUUAUAGCACACGUCAUGUGCCUGUUCUGAAGAUGAAGGUUUGUGAGAUCCUUCAGCUUCAACAUUCCAAUGAUAAGUUGUCUAGCACACACUCACAUGUGGAGUAAACAUUACAGCAGACAUGAUCUGCUUCUCAUGUUCAGAUGAAUAUGACAUAGCCAUUGGAGUUUCAGCCUUUCUCUAUAUAGAAUCUGCUGAAGAAUUAAAGAAAAACUGACUGCUUUAGAAAAAAAUGUUGUAAGACAAACGUAGGGAUUGAAAGGUGGACAGUAAACAGGGUCUUCCUUCCUCAACAUUUUAGUGACUAUUUGUCAUGCCUUCAAUUUUUUCUCUUCUUUCCAGAAAGGAAGAAACUAAGUUCCAAUUACCCUGCACAUAGCAGAGUAAUCCUGACCUCGUAUGCUUAAUUAUCCUCAAAUUGUUUUGCAGAAAUGGUAGCUAAUAAAAUUGCUUCAGAUUUCUUCAGAGCUAAGUAUAAUUGUUUAUGGACUGGUAAAGGUGUUAUACGGCUUUGAUGGAAAA